AUGAUUGGGACUGGCAAUCCGAUCGAGCAAAUGGCCAGUAGUGCUAACGGUUCCCGGUUCGGUCACUGUUGGCGCGCCGUCGGUCGGUCAUGUGGCCGAACCGCGUGUAUGCGCGCACAGACUGGCGCUCAUUUGGACGUGCGCACUGCCGGUCCGGCACAGAUGAGGAACGCUCAUGCGUGUUCCGGUCAGCGUAUGGUGAUAGAAGAAAACAUCAUCAAACACAUGAAAAUAGCGCCGGAACACGAGCGUAUGCACACAACACCGGCCGGUUGGACGGGCAUGAAAGUGUGA